AUGUCCGUCAACCGAAUUAGCUCGGAUGCGGAUAGCAUCGGUGCGAUAGCCACCGAGGCGACGGCGACAUUGGCUCGCAACGGCUCAGCCCAGAUAACCAAUCCGGUGACGACCGUAGCGGAAAAAACCGCAGUACCAGCGACAACUCUCGCGACCAAUGCCCCAGACUCCAUGGACUUAGAUCCGUUGGCGCUAAAAACGCCAGUCCAGAGAAUGGAUCCAGCGACCAUAGCUUCGGAAGCAAUGGACGUGGAUCCCGUAGCUUCAACCUCUUCGGUGGAUAUCCAGCUACUCCGCAAGUUGCCGGAGAAGCAGGUGUUAUCCAAGGAAGACAGGAUCAAACACCUGGUGAGAGAACAUAUACACCUUUGGAAGAGGUGCACAGUAGCCCAACAGUCCGGCGCGAUGGAAGAUCUCAAAAUACUUCUCCAUCAAGCGCAGGACAGUCAAAAAGUUCUACAGAAGCUGAUUCCCCGCGAAGAGUUGGAAGAGUUCGUCAAGGGCUGGAACCCUUGGACGAUCAAGAAAGAAUUAUUUCCCACCGCGCCGAAGAACAACGACGGCAAGAAGCGCUCCUCCUCCUCCAAAGGAGCGAAGGAACGUUACAACGACCCAAAACGUUGGAAAAUGGUCAUGAGGGGCUGCAACACCCUCGAGGCAGCCUACCGCCACAUGGCGGAUUAG